UCAACAUACGUGUGAACAAACAUGUAUAAAAGGAGCAGGAAAAGGGCUGCCCAUCAGCCAAAUACUCAGUAACAAGAAACAUCCCACUUCCUCUCGUCACCAAAAAAUUUCCUUCAGCCAUGAAGCUCACGGCAAUCGCAACACUCUUCCUCGCCACCAUCUCUCCGCUGGCGGGCGCCUACCCCAUCUAUAAGGCUGAUACUGUCAACUGCCGCUCCAGCCCCAGCACCUCGGGCAAGGUGGUCAAGACCUACAAGAAGGGCGAUGACAUCAAGCUCACCUGCCAGAUCUCCGGCGAGACCAUCAAGGGCAACUCGCUGUGGGGCAAGACCUCGGACGGCUGCUACGUCGCUGACUACUACAUCAAGACUGGGUCCUCCGGGUACGUUGCUGGACGGUGCAGCGAGGGUGGCUCAUCUGGUGGCGGCUCCACUGGCGGCAGCAGUACCGGCAUGAAGGAUGAUUAUCCUUACAAGGACAACUGCGGUCCUGUUGACAAGUGGAACUACUUCAAGUGCCAGUGCACGUCGUUUGUUGCCUGGCGCAUCAACUCACGUCUGGGCAUCAACUUCCACAACCGCUACAAGAGCAAGGCGUGGGGUAACGCGAAGGAGUGGGAUGAGGCGGCGCGCGCAUCAGGCGUCAGGGUCGACGGUACCCCGAAAGUGGGUGCGGUUGCGCAGACCAAUGCCGGGCCAUUCGGCCAUGUUGCUUGGGUGGCCAAGGUCUCAGGCAACAAUGUUGUGGUUGAGGAGUACAACAAGGGUGGAACUGAGCGCUACGGCACCCGCACUGUCCCCAAGAACUCAUUCAACUAUAUCCACCUCAACUAAAAUGUGUCUAUGUUUCAUUCGCUGGAAGAUAUAUUGCUAUCAAUAAAC